AUGCUUUAUCUAAAACUAAUACUUUUCGCUGUAUUUUCAACGGAGCGGUUGUCGCUGAACAGGAGAAUAUCGAGAUUUGCUGACGCCGCGGCCUGUAAAGGAUGCUCCCCGCCGUGCAUUUGCCCCGGCCAAAAAGGAGAACGGGGUGUACCAGGAUUCCAAGGUGAACGAGGUCAUCCAGGAGCACCGGGUCAGGAUGGCGGUGAGGGGCCGCAUGGCGCACCGGGUAUGCAAGGUACUGAAGGUGACUACGGCGAUCCUGGUCUCAAGGGUGUCAGGGGUGAUCGAGGCUUGCCAGGUGUCCCAGGCCAUGUUGGACUUCAAGGUCUUGAUGGUCUACCGGGCAUGAAAGGGCUAGCAGGUCCGCCGGGUCCCAGAGGCCCACCCGGUGAACCGGGACGAGCCGGAUAUCCUGGACCGCCCGGUGAAGGAGGUAUCAACUCUAUCAACAGGAAAGGUGAUCGAGGAGAUCCAGGUCGCGCUGGAUUACCAGGCUCACCGGGUUUUCCGGGAUUACCUGGACCGAAAGGCGUUAAAGGAGAUCCAGGGCCAUAUGGACCGCCAGGUUUUCCCGGUCCGCAAGGUCCAAAAGGACGGAUGGGAACGCGAACACCGGGUGUGAAAGGCGAAAAAGGAUUAGCGGGACCACCGGGACCACCUGGACCGCCGGGAACUUUUGCUGGAGCAUCCGCACCGGAAGAAACUGAAGUCAUCCAGGGGCCUGCAGGACCACCAGGUUUGAAAGGCGAAAAAGGACGAGUGGGACCGGUUGGACCUCAUGGAUUUGCUGGUGCUGAUGGUGCACCUGGAUUUCCAGGAAUUAAGGGGCAAAAAGGAGAUCCUGGUGAUCUGGGAGCAAGAGGCAAACGUGGGAAAGAUGGCAGCAUGGGCUUGAUUGGGCAGAAAGGUGAGACCGGUAUUCAGGGUGUACCGGGCCUUGACGGUUAUCAUGGACAGAAAGGUGCUGCUGGUGAACUGGGUUACGAUGGUCGUGUUGGGCCAGAGGGUGAUCCUGGACCACCGGGUGAGUUUGGUGCUGGUCGAGGACAGCCAGGACCACGUGGCCUGCAAGGCUUCGAUGGAGCACCGGGACCAAAGGGUCGACCAGGAAGCCCAGGUAUUAUGGGCCCAGUCGGUGCACGAGGUCCAAACGGUGCCCCGGGUCCUCAGGGUGCUCCCGGCAAGAGAGGUAUGCAAGGAUACUCGGAGAAAGGCGAACGCGGUGCAGAUGGGAAUCCAGGAUACGUCGGAGAUGCCGGUGCACCGGGUGCUCCUGGGGAAAGCGGAAGAAUGGGUGAACCAGGUCUACCCGGAUUUGACAUUCAAGGACCCCCGGGAAUUGAAGGAAGACCGGGACGUGAUGGUUAUCCGGGUGUUCCGGGUGAUGUUGGCGAUCCUGGUUUAACUGGUCUCAAGGGAUUUCCGGGAACUGGAGUGUCGAAAGUGGGCCCGCCCGGUAUGAUGGGUUUAAUUGGACCACCUGGAGAAAACGGGCGAAUCGGUUUGGACGGACUACCAGGAAGUCCUGGAUAUCCUGGCGAGAAGGGUGACGACUGUGGUUAUUGUCCAGCUGGCAUACCAGGACCGAAAGGUGAUGCCGGUGUUCCGGGACAAGACGGAUAUCCUGGUCCUAUGGGACCGAAUGGAAAUCAAGGAGCGCCGGGAAUGAAGGGAUUACCGGGCUUUCCUGGUCUGAAAGGUGAGGCAGGUGAAAUUAUUGGACCUGUGGAGAAUCCACGCGGAUAUCCUGGAGUCAAAGGUGAACGAGGAGAGCCAGGUAUUCCUGGUCUACGCGGUCAGCCAGGACUUGAUGCACUACCCGGGCCACCAGGAUUGAGUGGAGCACCAGGAUAUCCCGGAGCACCUGGCGAUUCGUAUCCGGGACCACCGGGUCGUGAUGGUGCUAAGGGAGAACGAGGUGCUGAUGGUUUGCCAGGUUUUCCGGGACCAAUGGGACCUCAAGGGCCACCGUUUAGCGGUCUGAUUCGGGGUCUUGUUGGUCGUGACGGAUAUGAUGGAGCACCAGGUCUUAAAGGAAUGCGUGGCGCCGAUGGUUUGCCUGGUUUGCCAGGGGCACCUGGUCUUGAUGGUGCUCCCGGAAGAGUUGGUGAACCGGGUGCUGAUGGAUAUCCUGGAUUACCGGGGCUAACUGGAGCGCCUGGACUAGCCGGUUUACCGGGAGAUGAUGGAUACCCGGGAAUCCCGGGCGAAAGAGGACAGCCAGGAGCGAGCGGCCUUCCUGGUCUACCAGGUUUGCCUGGCAAGCGUGGUGAACAAGGAUAUGGCUUGGCUGGGCAGGUAGGCUUUCCUGGAGCGAAGGGUGAGAGUGGCAAACCCGGUCUUCCGGGACGUGAUGGAGCUCCUGGACGACAAGGACUGCCAGGAACGCCCGGUGCGAAAGGCGAAAAAGGUGAGAACGGUUAUCCCGGAUUUGCUGGAAUUCCUGGAGCCAAGGGUGAACGCGGUGUAUCGGGAAUACCCGGGAAAGUUGGGCGGCCAGGACGAGUAGGAGAAGUUGGUGUACCAGGUCUUCCGGGGGCACGAGGAAAAGAUGGUACACCCGGCAGGAACGGUUUACCUGGUUUUAAAGGCGAACGUGGUUUUGAUGGAUUACCGGGCUUACCUGGGGAAGUCGGAGCACCGGGCAUUCCCGGAGCUCCCGGUGAAGAUGGUUUUCCUGGUUUUCCGGGACUUAAAGGUGAACGUGGUGCAGAUGGAGUUCCUGGACGGCCUGGUUACACUGGUGCACCCGGCGAUCGUGCACUGGAUGGGAUACCCGGACUGCCGGGAGCUCCUGGAGAAACAGGUUUACCGGGUGUUCCUGGUCUAGAGGGACUUCCUGGAUUGGCUGGAGCACCGGGUGACAGUGGCUUACCGGGUGCAAAAGGUAUGCGGGGUGAACCCGGACGAUUCGCACAUGUGGGUCCACCAGGUGACAUCGGCUUGCCGGGCCCGCAAGGUCCAGUCGGUUUACCGGGUCGGGAUGGAUUCCCGGGCGUUAAGGGAGAACGUGGUGCAGAUGGAUUCGGUUAUGCGGGUCUACCUGGUGCGAAAGGCGCUGUUGGUGAGCCUGGCGCUGAUGGUCUCGAUGGAGCUGAUGGUUUCCCCGGGUUGCCGGGAAUGAUCGGAUUCCCAGGAGCGAAAGGUGAACGAGGUGAUGCUGGAAGGAAUGGCGAGAAUGGCUUUGCUGGACGUCCGGGAACGCCUGGUCUAAAAGGUGAACGCGGUCUGCCGGGACUACCAGGUGUCGCUGGACUUCAAGGACCACCAGGAUUGGAUGGUUUGCCUGGGCAGAAAGGCCACGCCGGUCUUCCGGGUGAGCCUGGCUUUAAUGGUCAAACUGGGCAACCGGGAGUGCCUGGAAGAAAAGGAGAAGCUGGACUACCGGGAUUACCUGGACUUGGUGGACCAGUUGGACCAAUCGGAAAAUCGGGUGAAGUUGGUUUUCCUGGAUUACCUGGUAUGCCCGGUGAUGAAGGUUUAACUGGCCUACCGGGAAUACCGGGUGUAAAAGGUAUGCGUGGCAAUGCAGGUGCGCCAGGUGCACCCGGUGCAGAUGGUCGUCCUGGUCUUGCUGGUGCACGUGGUGAAGAAGGACGUCCAGGAUUACCGGGGGCAGCAGGAACUGGUGUCCAAGGUCCACCUGGUGAUGCAGGUUAUCCUGGAUUAGACGGCAAACCGGGUCUACCUGGCCGAAAAGGAGAACGAGGUUUGGAUGGGCUACCGGGUCUGCCAGGUGCACCGGGCAUGCGAGGCGUUGAUGGUUCUCCGGGUUAUGUUGGCGAGAAAGGUAUCGCUGGAAUCCCAGGAAAACCAGGUAAUCAAGUUAUCGUUUCAUUCCAAUGUUAA